GGAGCUGGAGCUCACAGCCCACUCCCUUAAAGGGGUGGAGGAAGAAAAGAAAGAGUUGCGAACCCUGACGGAGUCUUUGCAGAAAACCCUGGAGGAGCUCUCUGUGGAAAAGCAGCGAACACUGGAGAUGCUGGAAGAGAAUGAGAGCCAGCUCCCACUUCCAACCAGCCCCAGCAAAGAGCAAAGUCCCACCUGGGGGCUGCACUGCAGCCUGCAGCAGAUCGAAGACAAGAUGCAGCAACUUCUGGAGGAGAAACUCCUGGCAGAGAAGAGGAUGAAGGAGAAUGAGGAGCGGUCCCGAGCCCUGGAGCAGGAGCGGGAGUUUUACUCUUCCCAAUCACAAGCACUGCAGAACUCACUCUCAGAGCUGACUGCAGAAAAGCAACAGACUGAGAGAGACCUCAAGGCUGAGGUAAAAGUGCGCAUGGAUCUGGAGAAGAGACUGAGAGAAGCUGAGGAAGCCCUGCAAAGCUUGGAGCAAGGCUUGAAUUCUCUGGACCGCAACCAGGAAAAAGAUGAGAAAAUGAAAGCAGAUGUCAGUAACUUGAGAAAGUUCUUUGAAGAGUGCAUCCGCAAUGCUGAGCUGGAGGCCAAGAUGCCCGUGAUCAUGAAGAACUCCGUGUACAUCCAUAAGGCCGCCACGCGACGCAUAAAGAGCUGCCGCCUGCACCGCCGGAGAGCUAGUGCUUCGUGGAAUGACUUGAAGCAGUCCCAGUCCUUCAUCUUUUCCCAGGCAGAAGCUGACGGCAUUCAGGAGCUGAAGGAAGCAGCCAAAAGGCUGAGCCAGGACCAGCAUUUCUGCAAAACUCUCUAUCAAAUAAUGAGGUCACAAAAAGAUUCUGCUGCCGGGGAUGAAAAGUGACAACUGACGGGAAGGACCUUCCAAUCUCAACUUGCCCUUCAGCUCUGCAAACAUUAAGUCAUUUGCCACCAGGGUCAGA